CGGAAAAGCAACGUUGUAGAAGACAAGAUGGCGACGCGAUGAGCGAAAGUUGCGAGGAGCAUUAUUGUAGAGAUGCUAGUUGCGCCCUGUUUUAUUACUUAAACCAUGGGGAUCCCUAAUUUUCUUCUGAAAUCAUGAUGCAAGGGUUCACCGAGAAGAAUGCCAACGACAGGACCGCAUUUUGGAGAAAGAAUGCGCGAUCCGUUCCGGGAAGCAUCAAGCCUGUUUAUGGAGCAUCCCAUCCACCAAGGAAAGAUAGCAUGCCAUCGACCCCAAAGAAAGAUGGUCACAGCAGUCGGCAUCGACGAAACACAUCAUCUAGCUCAUUCAAGGACUUUCAGGAGAGUACAGACGACGCCUGGGACAUUGGCGAUGAUGAGUUUUGUGUUGUGUCAGACGUGAAGAUAGUGUCCAAGGUGGUGCAGUCGACGGCAGAGUCUGUCAUCACGAACCACAGCAGGGCCCGAAACUCGGCUGAACUUGCAGACGAGCCGCUGGGUUAUGAAGUGUCCGAUGGAUGCUCCUCGGAAGCACGAGCAGCUGCUAUGCAGCGACUGGCAAUACAAAAAGCAUGUGCGGGCUCUCCUCUGGAACCGUGUGUUGUGCCGCCAUCACGGACAGGAUUUGGGCCGGGCAUGGCAGUGCGUCAUUUGUGUGGAGGUGCGGGGGCCAACGCAUCACCCCACCACUCGCCCUCGCAGAACGCCCUCAACUCGCAGGCAACGCUGGAGAAGUUCCAGAGUGUCCUGCAGUGCCCCAAGACGGACCUCGAUGCGCUCCGUUCUUUAAGUUGGAAGGGUAUUCCUGCCGAAGUGCGUCCCAUAACAUGGAGGCUUCUGGCAGGCUACUUGCCGGCCAACUCUGAGAGACGGGCGGCUGUUCUCGAAAGGAAACGGGAGGAGUACUUCAACUUUGUAAAGCAGUAUUACGACACGAGAAACGACGACAUUCAUCAGGAAACGUACAGACAAAUUCACAUAGACAUCCCUCGCAUGAGCCCCCUGGUGCCAUUAUUUCAACAGGAAUCAGUUCAACAGAUAUUUGAGAGGAUCUUGUACAUAUGGGCCAUUCGACAUCCAGCCAGUGGUUAUGUCCAAGGCAUGAACGACCUCGUCACCCCCUUUUUUGUGGUCUUUCUUCAAGAACAUGUGCCUAAAGAGGCAGAAGUGGAAACGUUCUCGGUGGACCGCUUGGAGCAGUCGGUGCUGCAGGACAUCGAGGCAGACAGCUUCUGGUGCAUGAGCAAGCUGCUGGACGGCAUCCAGGACAACUACACCUUUGCCCAGCCUGGCAUCCAGAGCAAAGUGAACACCCUCAAGGAGCUCAUACAGCGCAUCGACACGCCACUGCACGACCACCUCUCCAAGCACUGUGUGGAGUUUCUGCAAUUCACCUUUCGGUGGAUGAACAACCUGCUGAUGCGGGAGCUGCCGUUGCACUGCACCAUUCGCCUGUGGGACACGUACCUGGCCGAACCCGAAGGCUUCUCCACUUUCCACCUCUACGUGUGCGCCGCCUUCCUGCGCUACUGGUCCCCAGCUCUGCUACGAGAGAGGGACUUUCAGGGCCUUAUGCUUCUCCUUCAAAAUCUGCCAACGUACGACUGGGGCAACGAAGAGAUCACGCUUCUAGUGGCAGAGGCAUAUCGGCUAAAGUACACCUUCGCCGAUGCUCCAAAUCACCUGCAAGCCCGGAAGUGAUGUCAACGGACUGAUGUUUCUCACACGUGCGUGUGUGAAUACGUGCAUCCACGAGCCUCGCGCCCAGCCACCCAUCCGAGGACAGCAGACGCUCGAGACCAAUUAGAGGGAGGGCCAAUAAACGAGGACAGUGUCGAGCUGACGCUGACGGCCGCAGGAGGAGGGCAGCGAUAACGAAAAGCAUUGUGUGUGCUCCUUUCGCAAGUCGGCGGGGAAAAGGGCGUAGGAAAAGCGAGAAAGUUUUCAGGCCAUCGAUCAGUGCUGCUUCGUCAUGCAAAUGUUGCCCGCAUGAUCUCAUCAGAUGUGGCAUGGACUGAUAUCUGUCAACAUUUCCCCAUGCAGGGCACAGCGCUGCAGUUCAGGUGGCGUCCUAAUGCGCGUUCAGGCGCAGUUUGGUUCACUGUGAGUUUAGGUUUGGGGCAAAGGCGUACCUUUGCAGGAAAAGUGAGCAAGGUGGCAUCGCUGACAGGGAAGCUUUGUUAGCCAGCUAUCUUGUUUCUUGUUUUAACACUUUCGGAAAGUUUUUCUCUGAAAAGACGGGCUGCGCAACUCAUCUUGGAAGGGGACGGGCCUUGCCUUGUCACCCGCCUGCCUGCAAAUUUUUAACUGUAUAUUUUUGUACAUUACACACAAAGCCUCUUUAUGAGAUUCCCAUUAAAGCACAGCGGAGUGGAUGUGUUGGGGUUGCUCAAGGGAAUGUGAAGUGCCUGCCAGAUUAAUCUGUGUGGUCCCGGUGUUAGCACACAGGGAAGUCCAAUGUGCGGGCUUCUCUAGGUUGUAAUCUCUGGAUAAGUGAUGAACUUUCUCUUUUCCCUGUGCAAUGUGACCUUCAGCGUGUUUUGACAUGCUGUUUUUUUUUUCCCGCCAUUAGAAGUGUGAGAUUAAAAGUAUGUUUGAAAGGUGGA